AUGCAUCUCUCUCUUAUGGUUCGCGGGGCUGCGGUCCUCGCGGCGCUGUCCGGUACAGCUGCAGCAACGGGAAUUGGGUCGUCGGUGUUCAAGAGGAAUUUGAAGCUUACCGCGGAGCUGGGAAUUAACCCGGACACGCUGAUUUCGCAGAAGACAACGGUGCAUAAUGUCGCGACUGAGCAGCUGGACUCAAUUGUCAAGGCGGAGUAUGCGUUGCUCCCAAUCGAUCACCACAACGUCUCGGUUGGCCACUACCUAAACCGUUAUUGGGUAUCUGAGGAUCAUUACAAGGAGGGUGGGCCGGUCUUCGUGUACGAUGUUGGAGAGUCGUCGGCUGAAUCCUCUGCCCAAGUCCACCUGGGCAAUUCGACUUCGUUCUUCUAUCAGAUGCUCGAGGAGUUCGGUGCAAUGGGUAUCGUGUGGGAGCACCGAUACUAUGGAGAAUCUCUGCCCUUCAACGUCAGCCAGGAUACAGAGCCUGAGCGUUUCCAGUACCUCACCACUCAGCAAGCUCUGGCAGAUUUGCCAUACUUCGCAUCCACUUUCGCCCGCGACAACUACACAGAUAUCGAGCUGACCCCAAAUGCUACCCCAUGGGUCAUGAUCGGAGGCUCAUACGCUGGAAUGCGAGCUGCCUUCACUCGAAACGAGUAUCCAGAUACUAUCUACGCUUCUUGGGCUUCCUCGGCCCCCGUCCAAGCAAAAAUCGACAUGAGCGUCUAUUUCGAGCAGGUGUACGAUGGUGUCGUGGCAAACGGGUACUUGAACUGCACCAGGGACAUCAAAGCGGCACUGGAGUACAUCGACGAGCAGCUAUCAAGAAGCGAACAGUCCGCAGCCGCCAUCAAGCAGAAGUUCUUUGGCAAGGGCGCCGAGCAAAACAGCAACGGGGAUUUCACCGCCGCUCUCGCAGUCAUUUACAAUUAUUUCCAAGGAUACGGCCUCGGCGGAGGCCUGGGCAGUCUAGGCUCAUUCUGCGAGCACAUGGAAACCGACCCGGAGACUAGCGCGCCAGCGCCCCCGCGCGGAUUCGCCGCAAGCCGGGGGAAAAAGUAUGCGGCAGAGCGCUAUGCAUCAUGGCCAGUCUUCACGCAGAUAGUCAACAUGUAUUUCGAGACAAACUGCAAGAAGCUCGAGCCCAGCGAGCCCCUCUCGUGCGUUCUCUCCCCGCCAGCCUCCGACCCAGACGCGAUCAGCUGGACGUGGCAGUACUGCACCGAAUGGGGAUACUUCCAGACCAACAAUUUCGGCCAUCAUUCGCUGCUGUCCAGGUAUCAAACCCUCGGUUAUGCGCAAGAUUACUGCAACCGUAAUUUCCCCGAAGCCGUGAAGAAGGGUAUGUUUCCUAAACACCCACAGGUCGAUGCGACCAAUGCGGAGACCGGCGGGUGGACUAUUCGUCCGUCCAAUGUGUAUUGGAGUGGCGGGCAGUUUGAUCCCUGGCGCACUUUGUCCCCGCUCGCAACGGGGAGGUCGGCCCCGCAUGGAGUCUCCUUCACCACUGAGAUCCCCAAGUGUAAUGUGGAGACCGCGGAGGAUACGCUAUUUGGUCACAUUAUGCCCAAUGCUGAGCAUUGCUUUGAUUUCCGCACGACGUUUGCGCCCGGGGAGAUCUCUCGGGGAUAUUGGUACAAAGCAUUGAAGGAAUGGCUUAGUUGCUUUGAGCCUAAGAGCCAAUAA